CGUUGCCUGUGGAACGAGGUGCGGCAGAAAAACAGGGGCACCAUCGCAGGCUAACACCACUCUGCGAUCGGCGUGUAGAUUUAGGCCCUAACAUCGGCAAUACCUCUUUUAUAACAGAUUUUUUUAUUUCCAAUGCCAUAAAAAAACAUCAAGAUAAGGCAAUACCCACAGGAUCGUUUUUUCUCAACAGGGUCACAUCUCUAUAUUCAUCCACAGCGGAGCUAACGUUAGCAACUGAUGCUAAAGUAGAUAGCGGACUAGCUUUCAUAACUGUGUCAACGCCAAAACCUACAUUUUUGACUGAAUAGUUUUUAAUAACACCUUUACAAUGGCGGAUGUCGAUAAGCUCAACAUAGACAGCAUCAUCCAGCGCCUUUUGGAAGUGAGAGGAGCCAAACCCGGUAAGAACGUGCAGCUUCAAGAGAGCGAGAUCCGGGGUUUGUGUCUGAAGUCCAGGGAGAUCUUCCUCAGUCAGCCCAUUCUCCUGGAGCUGGAGGCCCCACUCAAGAUCUGUGGGGACAUCCACGGUCAGUACUACGACCUGCUGAGGCUUUUUGAAUACGGCGGCUUCCCUCCUGAGAGUAACUAUCUGUUUCUGGGUGACUACGUGGACCGAGGGAAGCAGUCCCUGGAGACCAUCUGUCUCCUGCUCGCCUACAAGAUCAAGUACCCUGAGAACUUUUUCCUGCUCCGCGGGAACCAUGAGUGCGCCUCCAUCAACAGAAUAUAUGGCUUUUAUGAUGAGUGUAAAAGAAGGUAUAAUAUCAAACUCUGGAAGACCUUCACAGAUUGUUUUAACUGCCUCCCAAUUGCUGCAAUUGUGGAUGAAAAGAUUUUCUGCUGCCAUGGAGGACUGUCCCCCGACCUUCAGUCCAUGGAGCAAAUUCGCCGGAUCAUGAGGCCCACUGACGUACCAGACCAGGGGCUGCUGUGCGACCUGCUCUGGUCCGAUCCAGAUAAAGAUGUCCUAGGUUGGGGAGAGAAUGACCGGGGCGUCUCCUUCACCUUUGGGUCCGAGGUGGUAGCCAAGUUCCUGCACAAACACGACUUAGAUCUGAUAUGCCGUGCUCACCAGGUUGUUGAAGAUGGAUAUGAGUUUUUUGCAAAGAGACAGCUUGUGACAUUAUUCUCUGCUCCAAACUACUGUGGAGAGUUUGACAAUGCAGGUGCCAUGAUGAGUGUGGAUGACACCCUAAUGUGCUCUUUUCAGAUUUUGAAACCAGCCGAAAAGAAGAAGCCAAAUGGCAGCCGCCCAGUGACCCCUCCUCGCAACAUGGUCACGAAACAGGCUAAAAAAUGAUAGGGGGCGCUCUGGGGUCCCACUCUGCACUCCUGCUUCUGUCUUCUGCAUAUGAAGGGUCCCGCAUCCUUCGUGCUGCCAAUACUGAAAAGAUAUCCACUCCCACUUCAAUGAGAGCAAAUGUUUUGUUGUUUUGUCCACGGGGUAAAUUGAUAUGUCACCAUGAAAAACCUCAGGUGUUUUGCACUCCAUUUGCAGCUAGUCUUUGCCACAUACGACUGUUCAAUCAGGAAACGUUAACAUAUGGCUACUCUAAUGCACAGGAAUGCCUUGUUUAAAGCUGUGCACAAUGUUUCAAAGUUGAUUUGAUUAUUAUUCAUCUUUUUCCACACUUGUCUGUAAUGAUUAUUAAUGGCUGUUAAGACCGAUAGGAAAGUCACAAACAACUUAAGACUUAAUAAUUUGAUUUUCAUUUACAGUUGGUGUCUGCACAUCAGCACUCCACGGCAUCACCACAUUUUUAAACACGUCUUGUGCUAAAUUAAACUAAUAAAAGACACUCUUGUAUUGUUGAAAACUUUCUAAUAAACUGAGUGUAUUUUAGGGGGAAACGUGUAUUUCAAAUUAAUUUUGUUUGAUGUUUUAUGCUUUUAAAUCUGCAAUAAGUACAAUACAUGAUGUUCUAACAAA